AACGGUUCAAGCUCCAAAUGAGUGUUUCAUUGCAGCUUUAAAGGGCUUUAAGUGCUAACGUAACUAAAAGUAGUGGAUGUCACUGAAGCUUGGGCUUCAGGCUUUGAAUCUAAACCCUAGAACUGCGGUUUGGCCGGGUGGAAAGGACCAGCCUCUCCGGCGUCAUCCGGCCAUUCCACGGAAUCUUCACUCUCCAAAUUGUGCCAUGGAAAACUAGCCUAUGUGUUGCAAGGAAACAAGUUGAUCAGCUAUAGGCUGACCUCAAGGAAUGCAGGCUAACAAUCUCUCAGAUGAUGUGGAGGGAAAUCCUGACCGGGAGGAUCCCUUCCAACAACGCAAAGUGGCUUGUGUCAUGUUCGCGGUUCUCCUCAUCCUUUCAUUCUUGGUAAUAGGAAUUGUAACAGGUGUCAACUUCAAGAAGAAUCCACAAGAAGACCAGACCAGAGGUCUUCUUUCUGAUGAUAUUACGGCUAUCCCCUUCCAGUACAAAGGGCGCUGCUCGGAUGGUUGGGUUUCCUAUAAGAACACCUGUUAUUUGUUAGUGAAUGUUUAUGGGACGUGGGAAACAUCACAGUCUUUUUGCCGCAACAAUGGGGCGCACUUGAUGGUUGUGAACAGCGAGGAGGAGCUGGAGUUCAUUUCAAGAACUGUCCAGAAACAGCCUGACUACUGGAUAGGCCUCAAGAGGGACAAAUCGGGCAAAUGGUCCUGGGCUAAUGGAGACGAUUAUCAUUCAGCUCCACAUUUCUGGGAUGAAAAUCAACCUGCUCAUGGUGGCUUGGAGUCCUGCGUCCACUUAAAAGGAACUGAAACAGUGCGUCGCAAGCUGUUGCAUGAUGCUGACUGUUACAGCGAACGCUAUUUCAUUUGUGAAACAAACUAGAGAAAGGCAUGUGGUAGGAAACUUUACAUUAGACUGUUCUUCUAAAAUCCUGCCCUGGACACACACCUUCUGAUAAAACUGUACUUGCCUGACUGCUGCAAAUUUGAUGUACUUUUGCUAUGCAUAAGUCACGUAUUUUAUAGUAUUCCAGUGUAAAGUCCAGUUAUAUGAACACAUUUGAUUAGGUACCUAAUUUUUGGCACAAUUUCAUCUGAACCUAGAUAUUUUGAUUAAAAAUACAGUAUUGCUUUAUCUAUAUUCAAACUUUUAAACCAGUGUUCAAUAGGCUUCCUAGAAUAUCAUUAAAUAUGAUUAUCUCUCUUAAAAGAGUUAUAAUUGUUGUUAUUUAAAUAUAUUUUUAAUGUGUAUCUGACAAAGGCUCAGGAUAAAGAUCUGUUUGUUGAGAUUUAAUAAGCAAUCAUAAUUCACAGUCAACUGUAGUCAAAAGUCAAGCUAAUUACACAGGCAAGACAAAGAAAGUCAUUGAUCAUAACUAGGUGUAGAAUUGAGAUGAGGACCUCUGGUGGUGAGCCGAAUAAACUGAAUUUUAUUUUGCGAAGAUGGUACAAUGGAAAAUCUACUUCAAUAAAUCAAAACCUGUCUACU